AUGGAGAUGGAUCACAGACACGACAAUAACAGGAAAAAGCAGUAUCUGGGCUGUCUGUCCAAGCAGCAGCUCAUCAUUGUCUGUGUGACUUGUGGACUGGUCAUUCUAGCCGUCGUCAUCACCGUCGCUGCUGUCUGCUCUCCAAGAAAACAGGAAACAACAAUAUAACAUAAAUCAGAAACUGUUGUUGUUCCAGAUCACGCGACCACUGGUGGAGACAUGCUGGACUUUCUGGUUCAGUCAGGUGACAUCAACAGACGUGACGGGCUGUUAGUGACAUGGUUCCACCGAGCUAACGGCAAAGAGGAGCUGAACCAGGCCCUAGCAAGUGAUGCGAUGGUCCUGGAGGCUGAUGUCACUCUGCAUGGCUACGGAACAGCCGAUCAGAAGCCCAUCCCCAUCAUGGCCCACCCCCCGAACGUGACCAGUGACAUCACACUGGACCAAUGGCUGGACGCCGUGCUGGAGUCCAGGAAAGGGAUAAAGUUGGAUUUUAAAUCUCUGGCGUCGGUGGGUCUGUCCCUGGACCUGCUGCUCCAGAAGGACAGCUCCAGAGGCAUCGACAGACCAGUGUGGCUCAACGCUGACAUCCUCAAAGACCCCCUGGUGCCCGGGUUCAUACCCAUUGUCAAUGGCACUCAGUUCCUGGAGCUGGUUCAGGAGAAGUUCCCAGAUGUUACCUUGUCUCUUGGAUGGAUGGUUCUUGCGAUCUACAACAGAGCGAUGAUGGAGGAGAUGUACGCGGUGGUGAAGGACCUCCCACAGAAGGUGACCUUCCCGAUCAAGGCCGUGCAUGUCCGCAGUGGAUGGCCUCAUAUCAGCUGGCUCCUCAGUCAGUCCUCAAGGUUCAGUCUGACUCUGUGGCAGAGCUCUGUUCACCCCACAGUGGAAGACCUCUUGCUUGUGAGGGACAACAGUCACCCAGAGCAAGUCUACUACGACAUUUAUGAACCCACAUUGACCCUCUUCAAACAGGCCGUGGGUUUGACAAAGGAGCAGGGUAGACUGAGGCGGUUCUACCCAGGAGGAGACCUACUGGACUUUAUGUCUGGAGCCCACACACAGAGUUCCAACCAGGGCAGGAGUCUGAGUGUUCGCCUGGUUUCUGUCAGUGACCACACCUCUCUGUCGGCUGCUCUCAGAGACAGAGCAGGGGGGAUGCUGGUUCUCCGUGUGGGGGCUGACCGCAGGCAUCCUGGGGUCCCUGUGGUGGUGCCUGUGGAGGUUCCUGUGGUCCCCAGCUCUGAGAUCCUCACACUGGAGGAGGUCCUGAAGGAGCUGAGCCUGAACCCGCGCGCUCUGUGGGGGUUGUACCUGAGGGUUGGGGACCCUGAGCUCCUGGGUGCCUCUCUCUCAUCUCUGCUGCAGUUUUACACCUCAUAUCAGCUCUAUAGACCAGUGUGGAUCGGCAUGGACCCACAGGCCUCCUGCAGCGUACAGGAGUUUGUCUCGACUGUGAAUGAGCUGUUUCCUCACUGCACUAUAGUCCUGAAUGAGGCCGUCCCUGCCCCGGACCUGUCCCAAAGGCUGGCUGUGCACCUGUCAUCUCUGCACCUGUCGGAGCUCCACACUGCCCUCAGAGGCCUGGGCUCUUAUGAUGUGAUCCUGGAGACAGAGCAGGGGACAACAGAACUCACACAACUGACGGAGAAACACAGAGACAGCUUCAAUCACAAUAUAUAUGUGAUGUCCAAACAGUCAUGA